AUGAAGAAAGCGAAUAGCUAUCACCCUUCACGUCGUCUUCCGCCACCUCCCCAGCUCCUUGGAAAUCAAACAUCGUGUAGUGUCUCUCCCCGACUCUCCCCUGAUUUCAGAUCUCUGCCGUCCUCUCCAUCUGCAUCGUCAACGUAUUCUUCUGUUGAUGAAGAGUUCGAUUUAUCUCAGAAGGAAGGAAAAGAGCAGAGUCUGCGAUAUUUGUUACCGUCACCAAGAGACAAGUCAUUUCAUGGAGUCUCUGGUGUCCAAAGUGGGGACCUACGACCUCUGCCAAGCCCGCGGCAGCACGAUUCAGCAGCUGGUGGCAACAGUAAGGAGGCAAACGGACAACAGAUUUUACCGAGCACAGAUGUCGACGAAAAUUCAGCGGUCCCGGCCAUAAGCAAAGACGAUUUUUCAAUCGAGUCACGUGCGACAGAGCGUUACUGUGCGAGCAAGGCUUCCUUGUCCUCUCAACGCACCAGCACAAUGGGUUUGGCCGGCCACAGUCCCCCGACAUUACUCGAGCGUCCAUUCUCCGCGGCUGCGGCAGCGGUUGCGGCAUUUGGUCUUUGGAAGACAAAAGAUAGUUCUGUUGAUGCAGGAGAAGGCAAUGAUUCAUUUGCCUCUUCAGCCGAGAAGGAAACUCGAGAUGAACAGCAUGAUGAAGAUCUGGUCUGUGUGCACCACAGUGGCACCCAAGCAGCUCGAGUGGGUUGCUGCAAUCUUAUGGCAGGCCAAGGUGACGUUCCAAAAGACCCACCUUGUGACAAAAAUGUGGAGUCAACUGAUCAGCACUUUGUCCUCGAACCAAAUGGGAAAGGAUGCCACGGUGUCACUACUUGUGGGCCGCAAACUGGAUUCACGUCAGAUCAUGCAUCACCGCCUCUCCUGUCCGUGGAAGGUUUUAGCCUUCGCGAAACAGCGGAACAUGUGACUUUGCCAGCACAAAACUGGAUGGACGUUGGCAUCUCGAACCCGAUUGAAGCUACGGAGAAAAUGCUGCGGCCAGGGUUUGCUGAAAAGAGUGAACUCCUGGACCAGUAUGCCGCUAUUGCUCCACACCUGCCCUCUGGUAGCAUCCGGAGUAGAGCAGCGGAGGAGGUUUCGUUGCUCGUUGAAGAUCAGUGGCGCCUCCUUGCCGGAUCUCAUGGAUGGGGUCAGUCUGAAAGCAUAGCGCCUGUUCUCAGGCUAACCUUAUAG